AUGGGGUUGUGUGGCUUUCAUCUUGUCACUUUGUUGUCUAGAGUCUCCGUCCUGGAUGAUGGCAGUCUCCGGAUAUCCAACAUCACCAAACUAGACGCAGGUCUUUACACUUGUGUGGCGAGAAACCAGUUUGGAGUGGCAAGCAGUGCAGGCACACUAGUGGUGAAAGAGCCAACCAUCAUCACAUCUAAAGCCACCCAGCUGGAUGUUACAGUGGGAGAGAGUGUAGUUAUUCCAUGCCAGGUGUCUCGUGAUCCUUCCCUGGACGUGAGGUUCACCUGGUUUUUCAACGAGCAGCUGAUCAAUUUUGGAAGCCAUGGGGGAUAUUUUGAAAAAGUUGGUGGGACAUCUGCUGGUGACAUUAUGAUUCGUAACAUCCAGCUAAGGCAUGCAGGAAGAUACACAUGUGCCGUCCAGACUAAAGUGGACAGUGCGUCUAUAGCGACAGAUGUUGUGGUACGAGGUCCUCCAGACCCACCGCUGGAUAUUAAAGUCGAUGAAGUGACAGAGACAAUGUCCUUUGUGUCCUGGAGUCCAGGCCCUGAUAACCACAGUCCUGUAUUUGCUUACAACAUUCAGAUCCGAAGCCCUUUCUCUCUCGGAUGGCAGGCAGCCAAAACAGUGCCAGAGUCUCUGGGAGGGCAGCAGUUCUCAGCCCGUGUGGUGGAGUUGAGUCCGUGGGUUGAAUAUGAGUUCAGAGUGUUGGCCACUAACUCCGUAGGCACCGGGGAACCCAGCAAACCCUCACAAAAAAUCAGGACCAAGGACACGUUGCCAAGGACCACCCCAGCCAGAGUCAGUGGAGGAGGUGGCAGUCGCUCUGAACUUGUCAUCACUUGGGAGCCAGUCCCAGAAGAGUUGCAGUGCGGUCCAGGGUUCGGCUACGUGGUUGCUUUUCGCCCGCUUGGUGGUCAAAGCUGGAUGCAGGCGGCCGUGACUUCUCCUGAUGCAUCCCGAUACAUCUUCAAAAAUGACAGCAUUCCUCCAUUCUCUCCAUUUCACGUAAAAGUGGGAGUUUACAACAACAAAGGAGAAGGUCCUUUUGGACAUGUGACCACUAUAUACUCUGCAGAAGAAGAGCCGAGUCGUGCCCCCAAUCGCGUCCGUGCCAAGAGCCUGUCAGCCUCAGAAGUGGAGGUCAGCUGGAAGCCUUUACCAUGGAGCACCAGUAGGACACGCAUAAUGGGCUAUGAGCUGAGGUAUUGGAGAACAAAGGACAGAGCGGACACAGCCAGUGUGAUGAGGACUGUGGGAAACAGGACGAAUGCUGUCGUACAUGGACUGGACCCCAGCAGUACAUACUACAUCAAACUCAAAGCCUAUAACAGUGCAGGUGUUGGGCCUGAUAGUGUUGUGGUGAACGUCACCACUAAGAGACCCCCACCGAGUCAGUCUCCAGUCAAAGUCACGUGGAAUACCACAGACUCUAAACUCAUCCUGAAGUGGGAUCAUGUCAAGUCACUGGAGAAUGAGUCUGAAGUUAUGGGCUAUAAGGUCAUGUACAAGCAAAGCAGACAGAGUCGGCCCAGCGUGGUGGAGACUAACAGCACAUCUCUUGAGCUCUCCCUGCCUGUGGACGAGGAUUACAUCAUCCAGAUUAAACCAGUCAGUGAAGGUGGAGAAGGGAGCAGCAGCAAACAGAUUACCAUCCCCAGGAUAGCAGUUGCACAUGCAAUUGGGUUUGCCCCAGAGAGGAAAGCACUUCCAGUCCUCAUUACACUAUCACUCUACUGUACGGUCAGGACUUUCUUAUGACGGAUGAACUGAAAUGUACAAACAUCUUCAAGUGCAUCCACUUGUCUUUUUCCAGUUUGUUUUACAAGAGAGACUCUUCAGAAGGAAAGUUUUCCUCUCGCUUUUAAAAGAGGACGUUUACUAAUCUGGUUUUGAUCACUGACACCAAAGCAGUUGAGACAGUGGAGAAGGAGCUAUUGCAUUUUUUGGGAUAAAUGUAUUGACGGAUGUUACCCAAGUGGUAUCCAACCAGGAACUGGAUAUUUAAGGGCAUAAAAUGACAUAGCGUUCACUCUUAGGGAUUCUCAUAGAAGGACAUCUGUUUGGAUAAGAUGAAUCCAUAUUCAUGCAUUAGACGGUUGGCAGUGGAGAACCACACACAUGUCUUUUCCACAAGAAGCUUGGGAAUACUUAAUGAACUCCUUUGAAGAGAAUCCCUCCUGCCAUACCUCACAGACACUUUCAUUGUAAGACCAUCAACCCAUUUAAUCAGCUGUCCUCAAAUCAGACAGAGUUUACAGUCCCCCGGUGUUGACCAGCCCCCCUUGUCUGUUGGAAAAGCGACGCUAAUGCUGCUGGCCUUACUUAUACAGUGAAAGAGCUCGAGCUGGUUGUUCCUUCAGUCAUGCACUGAAAUCUUUGUUGUGCUAGUGUGUGUGCCUCUUUAAUGAGAAACAGUAUGUAAAAUAUCCUCAGGACCAGAACAGCCUUAAAAAGUUGUCUUGAUUUCUUUUCUGGUUUAGUUUGUUCAUUUACAAUUCCAUUAUUUGAUGAUGUAUAACAGAUAUUUUGAUUGUAAACGACCAGCGUUUCAUUUUCCGUUAAGGUGCUUUCUAUACUGUAGGUAAUUGCUGUGAUCAUUAAAUACACAGGACAUAAUGCUUAUGUUCUAUUUUCAAGCUGUUUAGCAUGAACUGGCUCUGUAGUGGCUUGAAAUACAGUAUUUGAAUGGACUGUCUGCUUUUAAUAAAUGA